AUGGACCAGAUUGCGAUGAUUGACAAGGUUAUCGAAAAGAUGCACGCAUGGUCAAAGGGCAGCUGGGAAAGAGCAACCGCCGUCGAAGCCGAACUCGAAUACAAUCACCCUGCCUUUACCCCCUUCUCCCCUCAGGGUGCUCCAAAGCCGAACACACUCCCUCCGAUCUUGCUAUCUAUAGUAAAACAGAUCCUCUCGGAACGACCUACAGAGGAGCAGUUUCCUCAAGGCAAAGGCCUGAUCUUGGUUGAAGAUGGCGCUGCGGGAGAUCCCGCCAGUUUGGGAACGCACUGUUUGACCGUGGCGAAUCAUCUUUCUAUGCUGAGCGAGGCCGAUUAUGGACUGGAUAGUGCCGAAGAGUGGAAAUUGAUGCACGACCUUCAGAUCGCUGCGAUCCAGGAGAUGCGAUUCUUGCUCGAACAUGCCCCAAAGACUGAAGAUGGAGCGAUCUCCCAUCGAAUCGGCCAUGUCAGCCUGUGGGCCGACUUCAUUUACAUGGUCCCUCCAUUCAUGGCCACCUACGCGCUCAGUUUCCCUGCCAAGGAUAAUUCAGCAUAUGGCUCGUCAGGACCAAAAGUCUACCUGGACCAAGCUUACAACCAAUGUAGGUUGCACCGUCAGUACCUGAAGAAACCUACCAGUGGGCUCUGGAGGCAUAUCGUUCUCGGUGGGGAGAAAGUUGGAGGCGAUCGGAAAGUCGACCCGUGGGCGUGGAGCACUUCGAACGGGUGGGUGGCAGCAGGUCUCAUCCGGACCAGACAGAUCUUUCUCCAGAGCCCGAAUGCCGCCCAGAUGGAAUCCGAAACCGAAGACCUCUUACACUGGACACUAGAAAUCAUGGACGAAACGGUCAAGCAUCAAACCCCUUCUGGCAUGAUCAGGACGUACAUCGAUGAAGAACACAUGCCGGAAGAAUCGUGCGGGACGGCCUUGCUGGCUUACGUCGGAUUCCGUUUGGCGACGAUUCGGGGCAAGCGGGACGACUACAUUCCCUUUGCGUUGCGAGCUCGAGACGCGGUCCUUGCCAAGGUCGAUCCGGCUUCAGGCGCGCUCACGCAAGUCUGCGAUAUUUGUGACGAAAGGAUGAUGCGGGAGCAAAGUGCUGAGGGACAAGCCUUUGUCGUCCUCAUGGAAGCCGCUCACCGGGACUGGAAGGCGCUUCAAUCGGAAUGA